UGACACUAUCUAACGUGUAUAAAAGUAGUGUGAAGUUUUGUUCGUUCUGUGCUGGAAGAAUGCGUUAAAACAGUAAUUGUUCGAAUUAAAAAAUAUAAAUUCAAGAAAGAUUAUUAAGUUUUAAAGCUGCUACUUACUUAAUAUACGUCUAUUGAACUAAUUCUUAUCUGUAUAUCAUUUAUAAAAAUGGAUAUUAAAAUGUGGUUUACUGUCAUUGUAACUUUUAGUAUGAUAUCCUUUAUAACAGCUUUAAAAGAAGGAGAAUGCGAAGUAUGUGUAACUACUGUAAAUAAAUUUGUUGAAACUUUAACAAAUGAUAUUAAAGAUGAUCCUAAAAAAAUAGAGACAGAGUUCAAAGAAUUUUGUAAAACUACAAAGUCAAAAGAAAAUAGAUUUUGCUAUUAUUUAGGUGGUUUAGAAGAAUCUGCCACAGGCAUUUUGGGAGAACUUAGCAAACCAGUAUCGUGGUCUAUGCCUGCAGAUAAAAUAUGUGAAAAAUUAAAGAAAAAGGACCCACAGAUAUGUGAUUUACGAUAUGAAAAACAAAUAGAUCUUAGAACAGUGGAUUUGAAAAAGUUAAAAGUAAGAGAUUUGAAAAAAAUUUUAAAUGAUUGGGAGGAAUCGUGUGAAGGAUGCAUAGAAAAGACAGAUUUUAUUAAACGGAUUGAAGAACUUAAGCCUAAAUAUUCCAGCAAUUCUAAAACAGAGCUUUGAAGAGAGCUCUAAGAUAUAAAUAAAUAAUUAAGAUAUUAUAAAUCAAUUGUGCAUUAUUCUGUUUGGCAGGAAAAUUAAUAGCAAUAUUUAAAAUAUGUGUACAUUUAAUAUUUAUGUACUUUGAUACAAUUUCUUUUUUAAAACGUUUGAUUUAUGAAAAAUCAUUAGAAAUUAUUAAUUUAUAUUACUUUUGUGUAAUAUUGUAUUAUUUUUUAAACUGUUUCUUAACUUUGUGAUCAUCAUAGGACAGUUUAAGACAAAUUAAAAAUAACAUGUUAAUUAUUUAAUUAUUUUUGUUUAUCUCUCUCUUUGAUGAGGCUAAAAAUGAAUAUAAACUAAGAUUAUCA